AUGAAUUACCUUCAUGACCGUUAUAGACGUGCAAACAAGAUAACUGAUCAAGACCUCCUUCACACCUUGGGCGAUGGCCUCGCUGAGAUCCUCAACGUCAUUGAAAGAGAGGAAUGGCGCAACCUAACAGAUGUUGAGAAAUGUGCUCUUGGUAUUUUCCAUAAAAAUCUUGGAAUGGAUAUGGGAAUACCUUUCGAUCCACUCCCUUCACAAGCCGAAGGUUGGAAAGAUGGUCUGCACUUCGGGCUGGAGUUACAAGAGUGGACUGUUGGCUAUGAAGAAGAGGUUGCAAAACCCACAGCGACAAAUGACCAGUAUGUCAGGGUUUACGUUGACUCGGCAUUAUCAUCACUCCCUAGCUUCGCGAGAAGCCUUGUACGACAAAUGCUGGGUGCCGAUCUGGAUAAUGUGAUGCGAACUAGCCUCUGUAUUGAGUCCCCCAGUUUACCCUUCUCUCUAGUGCUCUCCGUUAUCCGAAACCUGCGCAAAUUAUUGUUACGAAACCUGACCCUUCCUCGAUCUGACUCGGCUGCUGUCAAAUUGGUGCAUGGGAUACCAAAUCCAGAAACAAACCUGUAUAAUUUUGAAAGAAAGGGACUUCAGCCAUGGUAUAUAAAACCAACAUUCUGGUCCAAAUGGGGCCCAGGCUCGUUCAUGGUCAGAGUCUUUGGGGGAAAGGUUCCAGGCUCACGCGGCGAUCGUUACCAGCCACGGGGUUACGAUUUAAUGACCAUCGGACCGGAUCCACAGAAAGGGAGGGGAAUAGAAGAGAUGAAAUCUGAUAUUGAGGCAAUCAGAGCGAGAGGUGUAGCUACCUGUCCCUUUUCGCAAGCAAAAACAGGCGGCUUGAAGGGAGACUUCUGA